CUAGGAGACAGGACGCGGGCUCUGCGGCUGACAGGGCAGGGCCAGCCGCGCCCACCCGGUCGCCAUGGAGCUGCCUCCAGGGCCGCGCGACGAUCCCCACGCCUGGGACGAUGACUCGGACCCGGAGCUGGAGCCUGACCCCGACGCGCAGGCCGAGGCUUACGUGGCCCGCGUGCUCAGUCCUCCGAAACUCGGGCUGGCACCCCCGCGCGCCCCUCCUUUGCCCGCGCCCACGGUGUCCCUUGGCGCUCUGGAACCGUGGGCCGCGUCCAAGGGCCCGACUGUGGCGGUUCCGGGCCUGCUGAGCCUACCCCCGGAGCUGCUGCUCGAGAUCUGCGCCUACCUCGACGCGCGCCUCGUGCUCCAUGUCCUGCCACGCGUUUGCCACGCGCUGCGCGACCUUGUGCGUGACCAUGUCACCUGGAGGCUACGCGCGCAGCGCCGCGUACGCGCGCCGUACCCAGUGGUGGAAGGCCGCAGGUUGCCACAGCGACUUGAAGUAUCACGCUGUCAGAAUCUGCUUGGUGCUCAAAAGGAGGACUUUGACUGGCCAAAGGCCUGCAUUGAGUUGGAGCAGCACCUGUCACGCUGGGCAGAGGAUGGGCGCAGGGCUGAAUACUUCUGCCUGGCUGAUGGGCACUUUGCUUCCAUUGACUCGGUGCUGCUGCUUCAGGGUGGGACACUCUGCCUGUCGGGCUCCCGAGAUCGCAAUGUCAACCUGUGGGACCUUCAGCAGCUGGGGGUGGAUCCCAGCCGGGUUCUGGUCAAGACCCUGGGGACCCAGAAGAACAGCACUCACAAGGGCUGGGUGUGGUCACUGGCAGCGCUGGACCACCGAGUGUGCUCCGGUUCCUGGGACAGCACAGUGAAGCUCUGGGACAUGGCAGCUGACGGACAGCAGUUUGGCGAGAUAAAGGCCAAGGCAGCUGUUCUGUGCCUGUCCUACCGGCCAGAUAUCCUGGUGACCGGCACCUACGAUAAGAAGGUGACCGUCUACGAUCCCAGAGUUGGCCCAGCCCUGCUGAAGAGCCGGCGGCUGCACUCCAGCGCCGUGCUGGCACUGCUGGCAGACGACCGGCACAUCAUCUCAGGCAGCGAGGACCACACACUCGUGGUGUUCGACCGCCGGGCCAACAGUGUCCUGCAGCGGCUGCAGCUGGACUCCUACCUGCUCUGCAUGUCCUACCAGGAACCUCAGCUCUGGGCCGGCGAUAACCACGGCCUACUGCACGUCUUUGCCAACCGCAGUGGCUGCUUCCAGCUUGUCCGGUCCUUUGACGUGGGCCACAGGUCUCAGAUCACGGGGAUCAAGCACUCCCUAGGGGCCUUGUACACCACGUCCACCGACAAGACCAUCCGGGUACACGUGCCCACAGACCCGCCAAGGACCAUCUGCACUCGAAGCCACCACAAUGUACUGAAUGGGAUCUGUGCUGAGGGCAACCUGGUGGUGGCCGCCUCCGGGGGUCUGUCGCUGGAGGUCUGGAGGCUGCAGGCCUGAGCAGGUGGAUGUGAUGGGUCUGCCUGCCGGCAGGCGGGGCCAUGACCUGUGUUCUCGGGGGCGGGGACCUCCCCCCAUGCUGGUGCUGCCUCUGCCCUGCCCCACAGGCCUACGGCACAAGGGGUCCUGGCCACGGCCAUGUGGGGUCCCUAGGCUGGGCCCCACACCAGGGGAGGUGAGCUUUGUGUUCCGGCUCACCCAAGGGGGCUGCUCCCCACCCUCGGGCCCUGUUUUUGUUAUGAUUUGGAUGCUGGCUCUGCCUUGAGAGCAAAGGAGAAAAUAAACCUACUGUACUGGUG